ACCAUUUUAUCUUCGCCACCCCCACAAGACGCCAUAUUUCAUCACUCACGAUAACACUCUCCAUACCUAUCCAUUCCCACAAUCAUAUUACAUAUAUACACACGCACCGUUUCAUUUCAUUCACCAGCAUAUUCCCCAGAAAAAUCUCCCAAAAGAUCAUCAUCAUGGAACUUGGAACGUACCCUCCUACUCCGGCGACGCCGAGACGGCCGACCGCCGCCUACGACUCGCCGGAGGGAGUCGAGAUUCGGGGACGUUACGAUUCCGAUUUCGCCAAGAUCCUGACGAGAGAGGCUCUGCAAUUCGUGGCCGAUCUUCAGAGAGAGUUUCGUGGGCAGGUGAGAUACGCUAUGGAGUGUCGGAAAGAGGCAAAGAAGCGUUACAACAAUGGCGGUGUUCCUGGUUUCGACCCUUCGACGAAGUUCAUCAGAGAUGGCGACUGGGUUUGCGCCGCCGUGCCUCCGGCGGUGGCUGACCGGAGAGUGGAGAUCACGGGUCCUGUUGAGAGGAAGAUGAUCAUCAAUGCCCUUAACUCCGGCGCCAAAGUCUUCAUGGCCGAUUUCGAGGAUGCUCUUUCGCCGAGCUGGGAGAAUCUGAUGAAGGGCCAAGUGAAUCUCAAGGACGCGGUGGAAGGGACCAUAACCUUCCACGACAAGGCGAGGAACAGAGUGUACAAACUCAACGACCAGACCGCGAAGCUCUUCGUACGGCCUCGGGGUUGGCAUCUACCCGAAGCUCACAUCCUCAUCGAUGGCGAACCUGCGACUGGCUGCCUCGUCGAUUUCGGGCUGUAUUUCUUCCAUAACUAUGCUAAGUUCAGGCAGAAUCAAGGUGGUGGUUUCGGACCCUUCUUCUAUCUUCCCAAGAUGGAGCAUUCUAGGGAAGCGAAGAUAUGGAACAGCGUGUUCGAACGGGCGGAGAGAAUGGCGGGUAUCGAGAGAGGAAGCAUCAGAGCCACCGUCUUGAUCGAGACUUUGCCUGCGGUUUUCCAGAUGAACGAGAUACUGUACGAACUGAGAGACCACUCGGUCGGUCUUAACUGUGGAAGAUGGGACUACAUCUUCAGCUAUGUCAAGACCUUCCAGGCUCACCCCGAUCGGCUCCUCCCCGACCGUGUCCAGGUCGGGAUGACUCAGCAUUUCAUGAGGAGUUACUCCGAUCUUCUCAUCCGAACUUGUCAUAGGCGCGGGGUCCAUGCCAUGGGAGGCAUGGCUGCUCAGAUUCCGAUAAGAGACGAUCCAAAAGCGAAUGAAGUUGCAUUGGAGCUAGUGAGGAAGGACAAGCUAAGAGAGGUAAGAGCAGGGCACGACGGGACAUGGGCCGCUCAUCCCGGCCUGAUCCCGGCCUGUAUGGAAGUCUUCACAAGCCAUAUGGGCAACUCUCAGAACCAAAUCCAGACCGUGAAACGCGAGGACGCGUCCGCUCUAACAGAGGAAGACCUUCUGCAGAAGCCUCGCGGGGCAAGAACCCUCGAAGGCCUGAGGCUGAACACGCGGGUCGGGAUCCAGUAUCUGGCGGCCUGGCUGACGGGAUCGGGGUCCGUCCCGCUCUACAACCUGAUGGAAGAUGCAGCAACCGCGGAGAUAAGCCGGGUGCAGAACUGGCAAUGGAUAAAGUACGGGGUGGAGCUGGACGGGGACGGGCUCGGGGUGAGGGUGAGCAAGGAGCUGUUCGGGAGAGUGGCGGAGGAGGAGAUGGGGAGGAUCGAGAGAGAAGUCGGGAACAAGGAGAAGUUCGAGAAAGGGAAGUACAAGGAAGCUUGCAAGAUGUUCACAAGGCAAUGCACCGCCCCUGAGCUUGACGAUUUCUUGACACUCGACGCUUAUAACCACAUCGUCACUCACUAUCCCUCCAUCACUUCCUCCAGGCUCUAAGUAUCAGUUCUUCCCUUUUGAUCUGUCUUUCUUUUGUGUAAUGUGUUUCCAUGUUUCAACUGUGUCUUGUACUGAUAAUAAGCUCAAAGACUGGACUUUCUGAUUCAGCUUCAAUAAAAAAUAAAUCUUCCAGUGCUA